AUGCGUCCUUCAUUACGUCGCGGCGUCGCCGCCGCUGCUGCUGCCGGAACCGGCGUUUCCCGGGGCCCAGCCAUGCUGGCCUGCCGAGCAGCCGGUCGCGGGCUGACUGCUGCCAACAUGGCCGGUCGACAGAGGCUCGCGUCGCGGACAUUCUGUGCGUCCGCCGUGGGCCGCAAUGCGACCGACUACGGCGACGUGCGGCUGCCGAGCACAGCUACCAGCUACCCGACGGCCCACGUCACGACGCCAAGCGGCAAGGUCGAGGAUACGCCGUACUUUCUCAACAACCGGUUCGUGCACUCGGAGACGAGCGAGUUCAUCGACUUGCACGACCCGGCCACAAACGAGCUCGUGACGCGCGUGCCGCAGAUGACACACGCAGAGCUGAAGCAGGCCGUGGCAUCGGCCGAGGCGGCCUAUCCGGCGUGGAGCAGCACCAGCGUCAUCCAUCGGCAGGCGCUCAUGUUCAAGCUGGUCGGGCUGAUCCGCAAGAACUGGGACCGCCUGGCGGCCAGCAUCACGCUGGAGCAGGGCAAGACCGUGGCCGACGCCCGCGGCGACGUGCUGCGCGGCCUACAGGUGGCCGAGGCGGCCUGCGGCGCGCCCGAGCUGCUCAAGGGCGAGGUUCUCGAGGUGGCCAAGGACAUGGAGACGCGCAGCUACCGCGAGCCGCUGGGCGUCGUGGCAGCGAUCUGCCCGUUCAACUUCCCUGCCAUGAUCCCGUUGUGGUGCAUUCCUAUCGCCACAGUAACGGGUAACACGCUGGUGUUAAAGCCAUCGGAGCGCGAUCCGGGCGCGGCCAUGAUUAUCGCAGAGCUUGUUCGCGAGGCCGGCUUCCCCGAGGGCGUCGUCAACAUUGUACACGGCGCACACCGCACAGUCGACUUCAUUCUAGAUGCGCCGGAAAUCAAGGCGAUCUCGUUUGUGGGCGGCAACAAGGCGGGCGAGUACAUCUUCUCGCGCGGAUCGGCCAACGGAAAACGCGUGCAGGCGAACCUGGGCGCCCAGAACCACGCGGCCGUGCUGCCGGACUGCAACAAGAAUCAGUUUAUGAACUCGGUCGUGGGUGCGGCCUUUGGCGCGGCUGGCCAGCGCUGCAUGGCGCUGUCGACACUGGUGACAGUGGGCCCAGAGACGGAGGCGUGGCUGCCCGAGCUGGCAGAACUGGCCAAGCAGCUUAGCGUUAACGGCGGCUUUGAGGCGGGCGCCGAUCUCGGUCCCGUGAUCCACCCGCAGAGCAAAGCGCGCGUCGAGAGCCUGAUUGCCAGCGCUGAGGCCGAAGGCGCCACCAUUUUGCUGGAUGGCCGCGGUUUCAAGCCGGAAAAGUACCCCAACGGAAACUGGGUUGGCCCGACCAUAAUCACCAACGUGACACCGGAAAUGCGCUGUUAUCGCGAGGAGAUCUUCGGUCCCGUGCUGGUCUGCCUUAAUGUGCCCACGCUGGAUGAUGCUAUCGAGCUGAUCAACGCCAAUGAAUACGGCAACGGCACCGCCAUCUUCACCCGUUCCGGCCCUACCGCCGAGACCUUCCGCCGCCGCAUUCAGGCCGGUCAGGUCGGCAUCAACGUCCCCAUCCCCGUGCCCCUGCCCAUGUUCUCCUUCACCGGCAACAAGAAGAGCGUGGCCGGCGGCGGUGCUAAUACCUUCUAUGGCCGUCCCGGCAUCAACUUUUACACCCAGCAGAAGACCGUCACGGCGCUCUGGCAGGCCACGGAUGCGCUGUCGCAAAAGGCUGAUGUCGCCAUGCCGACGCUGCGCUAG